CAAACUAGUUAAUCAUGGUCUCAAAAACAUCAUUCCAUUCCAUUCCACCAAAUGGCGUCGUCCGUCAAAUCUAACUGCUCCUUCCUCCUCUCCUUUCAUACAACAACCCACUCCACCCAUAUACCUACAAACAAAAUCCCUCAUUCUUUGCACAGUCCAUCCAAGCAAACGACCAACCGCCCGCCAAUAAUAUGCAGCAUCGUCCUUUCCACCCUUCCCAAGAACACUAUCGUACCAAGGAAAAGCAAAACAGCCGAGAAAGACAGAUGUCCCCAAAUAAAAAAGCAGAACCAGCAAAAGGGUAUGUAAGUCAAAGAUCUCCAACCAAAAAAGGGGGUCAUGCCACCACCGCUAAACAGCUUUCGUCAAAGUAUGAUACAGUGUAGAAUAGUUAGAUAUAUAAGGUAAGUAAAAAAUGUGCAGGCCAUCUCAUCAGUCGUUAUAUAAGUUUUUCUGUU